AUGACAAGUUCAGAAGCAUUAAAUGGUCCUCCUUCAUCAGAUUAUAUAACAUCAAGUUCAAAAAUAUGGUUUUCAUAUUUGCCGAAAUUCAAAUCUUUUAAUGUUGGAUUUAUGGGAGUAAAUGAAGCAUCAUUGGGUGGCAUAUUACAUUUACGUUCAACCGAGGAACAUCCAUUAUAUAUAAACAAGAUCAAAAUUGGAUUCUUAGGACAAGAAACAAGAGGAUGGUCAGAACCUUACAAUAUUGAUUUUGAAAUGAAAAGUAAUCUUGAGAAAAUAUGUGAUAUCAAUGUAAAAUUGUGGACAAGCGGCGGAAACGACGAAUUUAAAAAAGUUACAAAAUGGGAUUUGCCAUUUAACAUUCCUUUACCUGCUGAUUUACCGCCUUCGAUGACUUAUUUAAGUAGGAAUAAUAAUGAUUGGAUUGUCAGGUAUAGAUUAUUAGCAACAAUUUAUCGUAAAUCUCCAAAUUUAUCAAAAAAAAUUGUUUCAGUUAAAAAUAGGUUAAUUAGAUAUCAUUUGCAACCAAUAACUAAUCCUCACAUUACAUUAAGCGAGAGCUCAAGACAUCUUGGGUAUAUCAUACGUUUAGAUAAAACCUAUUUCAAUCUUGGGGAAACAAUUAAGAUUUCAAUGAGAUUAUUUCUAAUUAACCUUGAAGCAAAACUCAAAGAAAUUAGUAUUUGUGUAAAAGAAUAUUUCAAUUAUGGAUCUAAUAAUAGGGAAAAGAGUUAUGUUAUUAGCAAAAAAAUUAUAAAUGGUGAUUCGAUUCAUAAUUUAUUGGAUGAUGAUAAUGAAUGGAACGCUGAUAUUUUAUUACAUUUACCAUUAGGUCAAAAUGGUAAUAAAAUUUUAUUAUGUGAUAUAACCGGAAAAAAUUCAAUUAAAAUUCAACAUAAAAUUAAGUUUAGAUUUAAAAUAAAUAAAAAAUUAUUUGGUGCUAACGACAUUAUUAAAGUUGAAAAGUAUAUUUCCAUCAAGAAUUUCGUUAAUGAAGAAAUGCAUAUAGGAUUAGCUUUAGCACUUUCUGAAGAAGCAAAUUCCUUUCUAUUUAGUCAAGAUAGGUCAAUGCAAACAAAUGCUGCUGCUCAACAAUCAAUUUCUCCUCAAAAUUCAAUAAUUACUCAACGUGAGCACGAACGAAGAAUAUCAAAUCGAGACAUAGUUUUACGUGAGCAAACAACAGAUCAACCUCCUCCUCCUUAUAACGAACCUUCAUUACCCCUAACUCUUGAAAAUUUGGCCCUAGCUACAAAUAAUCCCCCUCUAUCAUCAACUAGGCCUCCUUCUUAUAUUUCCAAUGUUGAAAAUAUUGAAAUUCCUUCAAAUAAUACUCCCAGAAAUUAUAGUAUGGUUUCAACACCUCCUUCUUAUAUAACUGCAUCUGAAACUUCUGAAUCAAAUUCUAACGAAACACCUACGUAUUCGGAGUUUUCUAGCGAUGAACAUGACUCUGAGUCAACUUAUUAA